AUGACAAGACCAGACCUCUCAUUUGCUGUACAGAGUCUGAGUCAAUUUAUGCAUGAACCCAAGGAGUCUCACUGGGAUGCAGCACUGCCUGUUGUUAGAUACAUAAAAGGCCAGCCAGGUCUUGGAUUACUUAUGAGCAGUAAUAUUUCAAAUGAGGUGUUGGCUUACUGUGAUGCAGAUUGGGCAUCAUGCUUAAUGAUAAGAAGAUCAGUGACAGGGUAUUGUGUGAAGUUAGGUGAUUCUCUAAUCUCAUGGAAAUCAAAAAAACAGUCAACAGUCUCAAGAAGUACAGCUGAAUCAGAAUACAGGAGUAUGGCAGGGACAGUGUUUGAAUUAGUGUGGAUACAUGGGUUAUUGUUAGAACUGGGAUUGUAG